CGAUAAACUCACCACCAACUUUUUCCAUCCUCGAAGCCAGCAUGUCCGGAGCCAAACAUAUUAAAAAUAUCGGCGCAGGAGCCUACCGAAAGUCCCUCGAACUCCGCCAACACGGACACCUUCCAACCACCCAAGAACUCCAUGGAUCUUUUCAGAAACUCAUCAUGCACUACCCCGUCGACAGACUCCGCAAACACGUCUCCUUCCCGGCGACGCUGGAAGCUAUGGCCCGUGACGCGUUCAUGAAUCCUGUGGAACUAGAGGAGGGGGAGUAUGAGGCUGCGGUUGCGGAGGGGAAUAUGAAGAAACUGGAUGGCUCGUUGAUGAAGGUUGAGUGGAAAACCCUUGGGGCUCAGGAGAUUAUGAAAUUGGAGGGACAGUUCUUUGCGCUUGAGAAGUUGUUUGGGAAUGAGGCCAAGAAGAAGUACCCUUUGUCGGACAAACUCCUCAAGCCCCCAUUUAAGCCGAAUUAUUAUGAGAUGAUCUUGGAGUUGGUUGAGAAGACGAUCGAGGACCCGAAGAAGGCAUACAGGUCGAGGUGGUUGCCGUAUCUGACUUGGUCUUGGAAUAAGCCUUAAGCUCGGAUUCUCGAGGAGAUGGAGCUGUGUGGAAAGAAAAAGUGUUGUCAUUCUUGUCAUUUUCUUCGGCGUUUUCGGUUGGCUUU